AUGCUCAUUCCACCUUAUCAGAAAUUCCUGAAGGAUGCUGUUCAGCAAAGAACCAGGGAGGCGCAAGGAAUGGUAGUGUUGACUCGUGAGUGCAGUGCAAUCAUUCAGCGGAAGGUCAUCUCCGACAAAAAGGAAGAUCCGGGGAGUUUCACUUUGCCUUGCAUGUUGGGACCUCUAUCUUUCAAAAACAGCCUCUGCGACCUAGGAUCAUCAGUCAGCCUCAUGCCUUUGUCCGUAGCAAAGAGACUGGGAUAUCACAAGUAUCAAGCCUGCGGAAUCUCACUGGUUUUGGCAGAUAGAUCGAUAAGGUUACCAACUGGAAUGCUUGAAGACCUGCCUUUGAGAAUAGGGAAUGUAGAAAUCCCCACCGACUUCAUUGUGCUUGAGAUGGAUGAGGAACCAACAGAUCCAUUGAUACUAGGAAGGCCAUUCCUAGCUACAGCAAGAGCAAUGAUAGAUGUCUGUGAAGGCACAAUUGAGCUAAACUUGGGAAAGGACCUAAGGAUGAAGUUUGACAUCAAGAUACAAUGA